GGCGGAGCUGAGGCGGUGGCGGCUGAGAAGGCAGCGGUGGCGGCGACGGCAGCGGCUCUGGAGGCCGCAGUCCCAGUCCUGGCUUCGGCCCCAGCCCGACCAUGGUGACGCUCGCGGAGCUGCUGGUGCUCCUGGCCGCCCUCCUGGCCACGGCCUCGGGCUACUUCGUCAGCAUCGACGCGCAUGCCGAGGAAUGCUUCUUCGAGAGGGUCACCUCGGGCACCAAGAUGGGCCUCAUCUUCGAGGUGGCCGAGGGCGGCUUCCUGGACAUCGACGUGGAGAUCACAGGACCUGAUAAUAAGGGGAUUUAUAAAGGAGACCGGGAGUCCAGUGGGAAGUACACAUUUGCUGCUCACAUGGACGGAACGUACAAGUUUUGUUUCAGCAACAGGAUGUCCACAAUGACUCCCAAGAUAGUGAUGUUCACCAUUGACAUUGGGGAAGCCCCCAAAGGACAAGACAUGGAAACAGAAGGUGGCGGAGACACCUGGGACGCUCACCAGAACAAGCUGGAAGAAAUGAUUAACGAGCUGGCGGUGGCGAUGACGGCCGUGAAGCACGAGCAGGAGUACAUGGAGGUUCGGGAGCGGAUACACAGAGCGAUAAACGACAACACAAAUAGCAGAGUGGUCCUUUGGUCCUUCUUUGAAGCUCUUGUUCUAGUUGCCAUGACAUUGGGACAGAUCUACUACCUGAAGAGGUUCUUUGAAGUCCGGAGGGUGGUUUAAAGGCCUUUCCUCAAGAUCCGAAGCUCAUAGUUCACUGUUUACCAAACCUCUUGGUCAUAAAAAUGUCAUCAGUUUGUACAUGUUUAUUUCUGAAUUGUACAUUCACAGCUUAUGUUUCUUUUCCUUUGUAAUGAAUAGAUAUUGGGGAAAAACACCUUUUUACAAAAGUGAUAGUGAAAACUUGACAUUUGAUUGGCACAAUUUCUUAUUUGAAUUUUGCCUCCAUUAUAUAGGUCCUUCCAGGGCUUGAACACGGUGAAUGAAAUGUAGGCAUGUAGUCCUUAUUAUAUCUUCAUUUUCAUAACAAAAUGCAGUUUGUUCAUGAUAGUGCUUUACUAAAAUGACUGCAUUCUUUUUGACCCCUUACCCUGAAAUCCAAGUCACUAAAGAUUCGUUUUAUUUAGCCCUAUGAGGAACAGUAGUCUGAAUCUUGAUGUUUUCUACCCUAAUGGCAGAGCUCUGUGACUUUGGAGUAUGCUACCAGGUUGGUUCAUUUUUACUUUGUCUUGCUUUUCCUUCAGAGACAAGACAACCCCACAUUUUCCCCCUUAAAGUUUUACUUUGAACCAUAGGACUUCGCCUUUACUAAAUUGAUGACAGAGCAGCUAAUAGCCAUUUAUUGAUCUCUGCCGAGCCCUGUGGGACGCCUGGGGGAUGCGCUGCGCAGGCUCCUGUUGCUCCGCCCCUGGCUCGCCAGAGGCGCUGAAGUCCAGGCUUCUGGUGGCGAAGGGUUGCGUAAAGCCUUGGGUUUCAUUGCCCUGAGUGAUUUACAGCCACUGUUUUAUUUUCGAUCAGUGGCAUUCGGCCACUUGCUAAUUAGGGUGCUGGCAGCGCUGUCAGUACUAGGGUUUUUGGUUUGGUUUUCUUGGGUCUUUUUUUGGCACAUGUGAAUUUUGUUUUGUAUAAAACAAAAUAACUUCCUCUUGGUCUCUGAUGAUGGAUUUAAAAUUGAAGGAGCGUCUGGUUUUGGUGUGGGGGUCCAGGAUUAUGUUGUGACUGAUGUACAUUAGUUACUUGUACUUUUUUUUGAGGGGGGGGAAUCUUUGCAAAGGUAAAACUACAAGUAACAAGUUUUAUAUAAUUAAUUUAAAUUUGUUACAGGUUUUCAUGUUCAGGAUAAACAAUUUUUCAACCUUGGGUGGAAAUACUUGCAGCAGCCUAAGGUGACUGUUCGACCUUAGGAGAGCUGUUGCGUGCCAUUUCUUUUGUGUGUAAGAAAACACUUCAGAAUUGAAUUAAAAUAUGUAAAUUCACAAUUGGUUGUGUAUCAAAUCUGCCCCAGGUUCAGUAAAUAAACAAUUCUUUUUAAAAACA